CCAUAUCUUUCUUUGUCUAUAUCCUAACCACCUUCUCACUUCCCCUUUCCCCCCAUCAUCGGCAUCCGCUGCCUGAGUAUCUGCCCAUCAUGUCAGCUGGGUUGGCCUCCGACGAAGUGGCCGAGGACUACAAGAACUCCUUGGAAGAUCUAACGACCAACGACAGAUUUCAGAUCAGCAAUUUGACUGUGAUAGCCAAGGAGAACACAGAACAUGCGAUGGCCAUCUCCCGCGUGCUGGAGAACCACAUUCGAACUACACCGCCGGCUCAAAAGUUGCCUGCCUUGUAUGUAGUCGACUCGAUCGUCAAGAACGUAGGCACGCCCUACACCCUGUUCCUGGGUCGCAACAUGUAUCAGACCUUUAUGAACGCCUACACGCUGGUCGACUCUCAGACGCGCAGAAAACUGGACGAGAUGCUGAAGACAUGGAAAGAACCCGUUCCGGGGUCCUUGGACACCAGGCCUGUCUUCCCUCCAGAAAUCACCCGCAGCAUCGAGAGCGCUUUGAUCAAGGCAAGGACCGCGGCUCUCCAGCAACAACAAGCUCGAAGCCAGCAGGAGAUCCUCACCCGUGGUCGUGUUGGAACCCCCCCAGGUUGGACCAACAGUCCGACGCCUCCGCAGAAUAUGGGUCGGUACCCGCCCCCGGCUAAUCAGGCUGUGCCUGUGCAUUACCAGCGCAAUGGGACUGGUCAUGGAUAUCCCUCCUCGGGUGAAUCAUAUCCCGCACGAGCAACCCCAACUCCUCAGGCCCAGCAACGCUCAGCUGUUGAUCUCUCAGCUCUCAACCGAGACAUCGAAGCUCUAAUUGCAACCGCCAGAAGUGAUUUUGCCAACAAUCCCUUGGACCCAUCUGUGCAGCAACGGCUGAAGGCCCUCUUGGACCUUCAGGGUAUCUUGCAGCGUCAAGAGCUCACCCAAGAGCAGCUAAGGCUUGUCCGUGACCAGGUUUCGGCACUUGCACCAAAAUCCGCUAUAUCGGCCCCCCAAACCGUUGCGCCGAGUCUCCCAGUCGUGUCAACGCCUCCUAUAGCUACUCCACCCGCCCAAACCCUCUCGCAGCCCCUCCAGCAGCUCCUCAAUCCGGGUACGCUCGCCGGGCUUAUCAAAGCUACUGCAACGCGGCAGCAGCCCACUCCGCCGCCACAGGUUUCGAAUAUUCUGCCCCAGAUGCCAACGAGUAGUAGCACCCCACAACCACACAUCAGCGCAGCACCAGAGAAUCCUCUCAUUGCAGCUCUUCGAGCACAAGGCCUACUGCCUCCCGCUUCUGCCCCCCCGGCCCCAUCCACUGCAACUCCGGCCAACCUUGCGUCCGCGUUCCCGUUGGUGAUGCCUGGCCAGAUGCGAUUCACACCUCCUGUGCCGACGUCACAGGCACAAGGCACAUCUGAUGACCAGACAAAUGUUCAGAUGAAUACAGCCUCCAUGAAAAUCCCCCGACAGACGUUGAUUGCCAGCCUCUACGAGGUACGGUCAAAUCGGUGUGGUACCUGCGGUCAGCGGUUUUUUGCAACCGAAGAAGGAAAGGAAAAGAAAGCACGUCACUUGGAUUGGCACUUCCGGACCAACCAGCGCAUGUCAGAGGCUGGCAGGCGGGCUCAGAACCGCAGCUGGUAUGUCGACGAGCGGGACUGGAUCAAAUCUCGGGAGGCAGGGGAUGACCAGGGACUUGUGGACACGGAGGCGGCCACUGAGAGUGCUGCUGGGGGCGACGGCCCUAUGGCCAAGAAAGGGCCACCAAAGCAAUGGAUCCACGCACCGAACGAUGCAGCAUUGCGAAACACUCCUUGUCCCAUCUGCCAGGAGAAGUUUGAGUCAACGUGGUCCGAAGAUGUCCAGGAUUGGAUUUGGCAGGAUGCUAUCAAGGUUGGGAGUCGCGUCUACCACGCUAGUUGCUAUGCCGAAGUGACCAAGGACGGGCCUCCUCCAGCCAGCCGAGGAACGCCCUCUGGGCGAACUGGAACCCCUGACUCCGUGCUGGGUAAACGCAAGGCAGAGGGAACGGAUUCUCCGGGUCAACACAUGCGAAUCAAGGCCGAGCCCAUGUGACGGGGGGGCAUUGCCCACCCACUCACC